AUUAUAGUCGAUACGGAUCUGUGGUACGGUUACGUCAAGGACUCUGAGGAGGACAGCAGCAGCGACCCUGAGAAGAAGGUUUUAGAAGAGAGCGAUGAGGACUUCGUCAACGAGGCGGACGGGGACGACGAGGACAUCGUCCUCGCCUUGAAAAAAUGGCAGGACGAGCAGCUCUUGCAGGAACAUUAUGAGGACCUCUCUAUGCAGGAGUAUGUCACGAGCAGCGAGGAUGAUGAAAACGCCGACGAAAGCGACAGUGAGGACGAACUGGUGUUAGCCCUCAGGCACUGGCAGGAGGAGCAGCAACGCCAACAGCAGCUCCAGCAGCAGCUCCAGCAGCGUCAAGCCGCUGUCGCUCAACUACCGUCUGCCCUGACGCCCGUUCUGGAGGAGAAAGUCACCCCGCCUUCAAACGAGGCGUUCAAAUAUUUUUACCAGGAUCCGAACUAUCUUGUCUGCCAUUUUAACCGGCAGCGGCUCACCAAUCCUCACAACAUUCCGGCCAUCGCGCCCUACUGGUGGGGCGACAUCAGCAGCGUCCGGGAAGGUCCGUCCUCGCCCCCGGUCAACGCUCAAACAUUGGACACAACAACAACAGCAACAAAACACAUUCUCGGUCCACAGCGCAGAGGGUCCAGGAAUGCUGCCUCGAGAGCUCGGGGCCGUCUGCGGAACACAGGCAGCAGCAAUGUUGGUGGCAGUAAAGCUAGCAGCAACGUUAGCGGUAAAGAGUCGGAGGUCAGCGCGAAACUCGGGCAGGUCAGCGCUGACCAGUCUCUGCUGUUUUUACCGACGCCGUCAGUAGGGCCUCUGCUGGUUUCGCCG